AUGGGAGGUAAGGUCUGGUCUGAGGAGGAAGAACGAGUGUUCUGGACCGAGAUCAUUCCAUCCUCUAAGAAGCGGCAGCUCUAUUCUCGCCCCAGUCGCGAGCCUCACGGCUGGGAGUCUCUUCGGAAGGUGAUGCAGGACAGAAUGGGGAGCCUGGCGCGGCGCACCUAUACGGCCCUCAUGCUGUACGAGCAUUUCUUCCAAAACUGUGUUCUCGAGCGGUUCUCGCCCAAUGCUGCUCGCUUUGUGCGGUCCUACAUUGCAGACGAACGCCUCACCACUGGUCACGCGCCGAUUCAACGCAGCCGAACUGCCCAAAACUCUGUGCGGAGUGGUAGUCUGGUCGGCGACUCAGUUCUUCUUCCGUCGAACCGCGCGCGUUUUGCUGAGCUCCGCCUUGCAGGCAGUGCUGACACAGCAACGCAACCAUUCAGACAGCACCGCAGCGCAUACUACGAUACGGGCUCGACUCACCAGAGGACGGCCCUGUCUGGGCUGGGCGACACGGCAACGAAGACUGCCAAUGCCGGUACCAAUGACGGAGCAGACGCGGCAGGUGCUGCAGGCAUCGGUGGAUUUGGCAUCGGCUUGGCUGCUGCGCCGAGUGAUACUUCCGCCGCACUGACGCUCCCCGCGCUCGCUUCACUCAGACUCCCCAGCCACUUCGCGCAAGAUCCAGUCGUAUUUUCGAUGCCGCCCUUGUCGGCGAUCAUGUCUCUUCCGCUCCUUCAGCCGCCAGCUUUCUCUAACAUGCCGCCUCCGAUUCAUUCAACGGAGCCUCUUCGGCUGACUCGUGUGCCUCUCCCCGACAACAUCCAGGAGAUGCAACGGCAAGUUGGCCCGAAGCCUUUGGCGGCUCAGAGCUACGUUGACGAUUUGUUAUUUGCUCAGCAGCUGAAAGACCAGCGCCAAGACCGACAGCUGGACCAGGGCCGGCAAGAGUUGAGUCUCGAGCCAAGUGUGACACGAUCCGCGACGGCGGACGUUGGUACGGUGGGUGGCGGUUUGUCGUCGGUCCGUGACCUGCUGCUGCCCGCGUCGGCGCCGAUGCAGGUGGCAACGUCUUCAGAACCAAGGUCCACUUCCCCCACGGUCACCCCAUCCGCCACGGAUGAACAGCUGCCCGCUGCAAAAGACUGGCAGUCUGCCAUCGACGAAAUUAAGGAAGACGAAGAGGCAGACAGCAUGUUUGUCAGCCAAUGGCCCCAAGAGUAG